AUGUCUGCCCCAGAAACCAAGUUCGCACCCACCCAAUCCUCCUCCGUCCUCGGCGGACAAAUCGUUGGUCGCUCUGAGCGCCAGGCUGUUGCACCUCCCGCAGCUUUGAAGCUUCGUCUUGACCUCAACCUCGAGGUCGAGAUCGCCAUCCAGGCUAAGGUCAACGGUGACAUCACCUUGUCGCUCCUUAAAUGGUUCCUUGAUGUGCGACGACGGACGCGUAGGCAGUAUAAUGGACGGAUGUGUACGCUUGUUAUAUCUGUCGUUGUGUUCGUUGGCAUUGUACCAAGCAUUUAUAUACAUGGAUUGCCUUGA